GUCGCACCACGUGACUCCCCAUCUAAAAAAAUUUCCAAGAUGGCGGAACCCGUCACGGGCUGAGUCCGUCGGUGGCGCGCUCCGCGCCGGGGGGCCAUCGCCGCGCAGCGUCCCCGCCUCGCCCGCCGCCCAGGUUCCCAUUUUAAAAGCUAUUGGAAGACACUCUGCCACCCUCUUGGAUUACUUCCCAUACGACUCAGCAUGUCACUGUGCCCUGGAUUUUACAAGGUGGCCAUGAUUUAAUCCCCACUUCCCACUCCUAUGUAUUGGUGAAGCACUGGAGCUCUUUUGAGCUGCUGUUACUCGCGUGGGAACUGAUCUGUCUCCAAUCCCUUCUCCCAAGGACUAGACAUUGCCAGCAAUGAGCUCCCAAAGCCAUCCAGAUGGGCUUUCUGGCAGAGACCAGCCAGUGGAGCUGUUGAAUCCACCUCGAGUGAACCACAUGCCCAGCUCUGUUGACGUGAGCACAGCCCUGCCCUUGCAAGUGGCGCCCACCUCGGUGCCCAUGGACCUGCGGCUGGACCACCAGUUCUCCAUGCCAGUGACGGAGCCCACGCUGCGGGAGCAGCAGCUGCAGCAGGAGCUGCUGGCCCUCAAGCAGAAGCAGCAGAUCCAGAGGCAGAUCCUGAUCGCGGAGUUCCAGCGGCAGCACGAGCAGCUUUCUCGGCAGCAUGAGGCACAGCUGCACGAGCACAUCAAGCAGCAGCAGGAGAUGCUGGCCAUGAAGCAUCAGCAGGAGCUGCUGGAGCACCAGAGGAAGUUGGAGCAGCACCGGCAGGAGCAGGAGCUGGAGAAGCAGCACCGAGAGCAGAAACUGCAGCAGCUGAAAAACAAAGAGAAGGGGAAAGAGAGUGCAGUGGCAAGCACAGAAGUGAAGAUGAAGUUGCAGGAAUUUGUGUUGAACAAGAAGAAGGCUCUGGCCCACCGGAAUCUCAACCACUGCAUAUCCAGCGACCCUCGCUUCUGGUACGGGAAGACCCAGCACAGCUCUCUGGACCAGAGCUCCCCACCCCAAAGCGGCGUCUCCGGCACCUACAACCACCCAGUCCUGGGGAUGUACGAUUCCAAAGACGACUUCCCACUCAGAAAAACAGCCUCUGAGCCCAACCUGAAGCUGCGCUCCAGGCUAAAGCAGAAGGUGGCAGAGAGGAGGAGCAGCCCCCUCCUGCGCAGGAAGGACGGGCCCGUGGUGACGGCGCUCAAGAAGCGCCCGCUGGACGUCGCAGGUACGGCGGACUCUGCAUGCAACAGCGCUCCUGGAUCUGGUCCCAGCUCUCCAAACAACAGCUCCAACAACAUCAGCACUGAGAAUGGAAUUGCAGGAUCAGUCACCAGUAUCCAGGCAGAGACCAGCCUGGCUCACAGGCUCGUCAACCGCGAGGGCUCCGUGACGCAGCUCCCGCUCUACACCUCGCCCUCCCUGCCCAACAUCACCCUGGGACUGCCUGCCACCGGGCCCUCCAGCGCGGGCCAAGCGCAGCAGGACGCAGAGAGGCUCGCAAUCCCAGCCUUACAGCAGCGGAUCUCCUUAUUCCCUGGCACUCACCUCACUCCCUACCUGAGCACUACAACGUUGGAGAGGGAUGGGGGAACUGCACACAACCCUCUCCUGCAGCACAUGGUCCUACUGGAACAGCCAACUGCACAAACGCCCCUGGUCACAGACUGGUAUCUUUCAGGACUGCCCCUGCACGCACAGCCCCUGGUGGGUGGAGACAGGGUCUCCCCUUCGAUCCACAAGCUGCGGCAGCACCGCCCGCUGGGGCGCACCCAGUCUGCUCCCCUGCCCCAGAACGCCCAGGCCCUCCAGCAGCUGGUCAUCCAGCAGCAGCACCAGCAGUUCCUGGAGAAACACAAACAGCAGUUCCAGCAGCAGCAGCUGCACAUCAACAAGAUCAUCUCCAAGCCCGCCGAGCCGGCGCGGCAGCACGAGAGCCACCCCGAGGAGACGGAGGAGGAGCUGCGCGAGCACCAGGCGCUGCUGGAGGAGCCCUACGGCGAGCGGGCCGCGGGCCACAAGGAGCCCCCAGCGCUGGCCAGCCUGGUGCAGGUCAAACAGGAGCCCAUCGAGAGCGACGAGGAGGAGGCAGAGCCCCAGCAGGAGCUGGAGGCCGGCCAGAGGCAGGCGGAGCAGGAGCUGCUCUUCCGCCAGCAAGCCCUGCUCCUGGAGCAGCAGCGGAUUCACCAGCUGAGGAACUACCAGGCGUCGCUGGAGGCGGCCGGCAUGCCCGUGUCCUUCGGGGGACACCGGCCCCUGUCCCGGGCACAGUCCUCCCCUGCCUCAGCCACCUUCCCCAUGUCCGUGCAGGAGCCUCCCACUAAGCCAAGGUUCACAACAGGCCUUGUGUACGACACCUUGAUGCUGAAGCACCAGUGCACCUGUGGAAACACCAACAGCCACCCUGAGCACGCAGGCAGGAUCCAGAGCAUCUGGUCCAGGCUCCAGGAGACGGGGCUGAGGGGCAAGUGUGAGUGCAUCCGUGGCAGGAAGGCGACGCUGGAGGAGCUGCAGACGGUUCACUCAGAGGCGCACACGCUGCUCUACGGCACAAACCCUCUCAACAGGCAGAAACUGGACAGCAAGAAGCUCCUAGGUUCCCUCACGUCGAUGUUUGUCAGGCUGCCUUGCGGUGGUGUCGGGGUCGACAGUGACACCAUUUGGAACGAGGUGCACUCGUCGGGCGCCGCUCGCCUGGCCGUGGGCUGUGUCAUCGAGCUGGUGUUCAAAGUGGCCACAGGAGAGCUGAAGAAUGGGUUUGCUGUUGUCCGGCCCCCAGGUCACCACGCAGAGGAGAGCACACCCAUGGGUUUCUGCUAUUUUAACUCCGUGGCAAUCGCAGCCAAGCUGCUCCAGCAAAGGCUCAACGUGAGCAAAAUCCUCAUCGUGGACUGGGAUGUCCACCAUGGGAAUGGUACUCAGCAGGCCUUCUACAACGACCCCAACGUCCUCUAUAUCUCACUCCAUCGCUACGACGACGGCAACUUCUUCCCAGGCAGCGGCGCUCCAGAUGAGGUUGGCACAGGAGCUGGAGUUGGUUUCAAUGUUAACAUGGCAUUUACUGGUGGCCUGGAUCCGCCCAUGGGAGACACGGAAUAUUUAACUGCCUUCAGGACAGUAGUGAUGCCCAUUGCCAACGAGUUUGCCCCAGAUGUUGUGCUGGUCUCCUCUGGUUUCGAUGCUGUGGAAGGGCACCCCACACCCCUGGGAGGAUAUAACCUGUCAGCAAAAUGCUUCGGGUACCUGACGAAGCAGCUGAUGGGGCUGGCUGGGGGCCGCGUGGUGCUGGCCCUCGAGGGCGGCCACGACCUCACGGCCAUCUGCGACGCCUCGGAGGCCUGCGUGUCUGCCCUGCUGGGAAACGAGCUUGACCCUCUUCCAGAGAAGGUUUUCCAGCAGAGAGCAAACGCUAACGCCGUGCAUUCCAUGGAGAAAGUCAUCGAGAUCCACAGCAAGUACUGGCAUUCCCUCCAGCGUUUUGCCUCCACGGUGGGAUAUUCCCUGGUGGAGGCCCAGAAGUGUGAGAACGAGGAGGCGGAGACGGUGACGGCCAUGGCAUCGCUGUCGGUGGGUGUGAAGCCGGCGGAGAAGAGACCUGAGGACGAACCCAUGGAAGAGGAGCCUCCCCUGUAGCAGCCACCUUCGAGCUGGAGUUCUCCUGUCUGUUCGUCUUCGUCUUGAAGCUCUGCCAAGAAGCUUUCUCUUGUUACUCCUGCGUCCUGUCACGGUUAUUUCCUGAACACGGAAGGACAGCCAGGUGUAAAGCAAAGCAAGCGACACAAAAAACAAAUCUCUCCGCAUCUUUGAGUCUCUUUUUGCUGAAUAAAAACCGCUGGUGAAGAGCAGCAAAGGACUGACACGUUGGGCACUCACGUUCCUCUGGGCCUCACCGCGAGCAGAGAGAGGAACGAUGCCCGGGAAGUCUUUGGCAGAGUUGCCAAACAAAAAAAACAAAAAAAAACGAAACGCGAGGAUAAUAAAGAAAUCAAAGAUUCAACAACACAAAUCAAACAAACCUUAAUGUAAAACUGGUGCUUACAAAGUUGAUUACCCACAACUGAGCAAUCUCCGCUUGAACCACUCAACCCAUCGUGUACUUUCAUUUCUUGGAUAUUUGGAAAUGGCUCUUGCCUGCCUGGGAGUCACGACAGCUCUUGUCGGAACUGGAACGUUGGGAGAUGAUGGUGGAUUUUUAACGGGGAGGGACAGGGAACGAGGACUCACCUGACACCUAAAGGAAAGGGAAGCAGAAGGGGGGGAACGGUAGCCCAGAUGGAGUCGGCUUUAUUGUCUCCAAAGCCAUCUGAAGAUGAGUUUGUGCCUUUUUUUUUAAUUGAUGGAUCUGGUGCAGCUGGAUUUUCUGAAGUUUGAGGAACAAUGCCUUAAGUAAAAAUUAAUUUAAAAAAAAAAAACAAAACACACAUGAAAAAAAACCAACAAAAAAAAAAACCAAAAAAAAAGGAAAAAAAAAAAAAAGAACACAGCAGUUCCUGAAUAUUUUUCCUCUGGUUGGGAAAGCCAAGGACUGCCAUCAGGAAGGAAGACUUUUUGGCUUGUGCUGGCAUGAUGGUGGGAAGCAGGCAUCAGCUGAACAGAGCGUCUCCAAAAACUGUCGACAAGUUUGGAUUUGUUUUGUUUUCUUUCAUUGCUGUUUCAGAGAAAAGGAAAAAAGAAAAAAAAAUUAAGGUAGUUGCCAAAAAAGUGGCAAAUACUGUUGGGUCUUUGAAAUUCAACCAUUUUUAACAACCAAUUUUCAAAUGUUUUCUCUCUCUUCUACAUUAUCUAGUAAUUGAACUUACCAAUUUGGUUGUUGAAGCAUGUAUUAGACACAAAUGCAGGUUUUAAGACUGGAAUGCUUUUCAUUAAAAGCAACUAGCAUGAGAUAUUGCUUAAAUUGUUAGGUAUAAAUAUAUAUAUGUGUAUAAUGUAUAUUCCAAAUGUAUUCCAAGCUUAGAAACCGGAUUCCUAUGAAUUAUUGAGAAAAAUAUUUAUGAUGCAUUUAUAGAAAAAAGAAAAAAAAAUCUAUGUAAUAAAUGCAUACUCUAACAGUAGCCAUUGGAAGCUCCCUAGGGACAGAUUUGGGAAUUGGAACGUCAAAGGUGCUUUUGGAAAAGGAUCUAGGUUGAAAUCGAGGACUUGUCAGGCGACAGGUUGGGAAGUUUUUCAGAAAGCCAACACUUUAGCCACUGGGCAACUACCCUAAACAUUUGUAUUUUAAUUUAAGGUUUUUAGUUAUGAUCCUUUUCUAACAAACACGAGAAAAAAAAAGUUUUUUAUAGCAAAGACGCUGAAUUUGCUGUUAAUUUUUAUAUGGAUAUUUCCCGAAACCCUCCGGAAGCCUUGUUUGUGUGACUCUGACAUUUCUUUUCCAUUUGGCAGGUUUCCUUUCUGAACGGCAAUAGCAUCUAAACCUUUCUUCCUUCCUCUUUUCUUGCUUAUAAUACAUGGAUUUUCCUUUUUUCUUUUUUCUUUUUUUUUUUAAUUUUUUUUUCUCUUUUUUUGUAUUUUCUGUAUUGUUUUCUCUCCUUUUCCUCAACUCUUUUGUACAGUGAGCAGCUUUCUGCAGGUGUAAGGAACUGUGGGCAGACCAACAGAGUUUGUUUUUUUCUGGGAAAGGGCGCAUUUUACCGAGGAGGAGGAGGAGGAGGAGGAGGAGGAUGAGGGACGGCGAUGGGCUCCUUUGUUGUACUGAUUCCGCCAACUGUAUAUUUCCUCAGCUCUCUUGUAGUAGCUCUGUAAAGAAAAUAAGGAAUUUUCUUGCCUGGUAGUGUUCAGCGGGCGAUGCCUUUGUCGUGCCCGCGGCUCCUGGCGCUGCCUGCCCUCAGGAAGGCUCCUUGGAUACUCCGGGACCGCCGGCCUUUUCUCUCCGCUGGACAUGCCCACAAACUCCCCACCUCCUCUCUCCCUCUUUUUCUCCCCUCUUCCUCUUCCUGAUGCUGGGAGGGGUUUUGGAGGCUUUUGUUGUUGUUGUUUGCCCCCCACCCCGAGGAGGUCACUGCCUCCCGGGAACGCCGGGUGGGAGAGGCCGCGAGCCCUGCCACGGAGCGUCCUCGCGGAGACGGCGCUCCCCGCGUGCCUUCCUCCAGCAGUGUAGGACAGCACAUCCCUCUUCCCAGCACAGCUUCUCCUUGACCACCCUUCCUUCUUUUAUCCUUCGUUCCCCUGGUGACUGGUGGGGUUGCUUCCAGUAACUUCUCUUCUUUCCAGUUCUCGAAGCAGCCGCUUUCGUUCCGUUCAGGACUCGCUGGCGGGAGGAAUCGGGAGCGUGACCCCACGCUGGAGGCUUUUGUUUCCUUCCUCGAUUUCUAGUGCAGUUUCAGAACCAGACACUACAGUAUUUGAGUUGUGCAAACCCAAGUACGUCCUAAAACCCCAAAAAGCCCCAGUGGCAAGGCCUGUCCUCGGCAUGUCCUAAAAAUCCCCCCGUGUGAGAGCACCGCGUACCUGGGGAUGUUGUGGUUUGGGGUUUUCGUCCAUCUGACCACGCUGCUGCUGUGAUCUCAAAUCCAUCCCGCUGCCGAACCCGGUGACUGACGUGGGGUUUGCUCCCUGUGCCGUGGGCAGUGCCUGUGUUUACACCUCCCUUUGUCUCGUCAGCUCUUCCCCGGAAGGUUUUUGACAUUUCUGCUCCCGGUCGUGGCAAAGCUUUUUCCUUCCUUUUUGCUCUCCCGGGAGCCACCGGCUGACUCUGCUGAGCCGGUUCCUUUGGAAAAUCCGGAGGAGCUUGUUGGGGUGCCACCUUCCUUCCUUCCUCCCUCCCUUCCUUCCUUUCCAUCCUUUCCCUCAGCUUUUUGCCGGGACGGGAAGAUUUUUCCCGAGAGGACAGAGCUCGUCUCCUCCAAGCUCCCGGCGAUGUGGAUUUGUUUGCAGCAUCCCCCUUUUCCCUGGGAACGCUCUUCCCUGGGCUCUGACCUUCCCUGGGGAUGCUCUUCCCCGGGGAUGCUUUCCGGGGCCAGUGCAGGCACGGAGAGGAGGGAGGGAGCCCUCGUUUUGAGGCUCUCCAGGGGGAUUUUUCACCUUUUUGAGCCAUUAAGCUUCUUCAUUUCAGAUGACUUUGCCACGGGGCGGCCGUGCCAGCGGGGUUGGGAGCCCGGGGUGCUCCCACAUCCCGCACGUGCUGCCCAGGGCAUCCUUUGUACCUGCUUGGGAAGAAAAGGAACAUCUUUCAAUCCUCUUUACAGUGAAGUGAGGCCCAGUUUGCAGUACACAAGUAACCAUUGGGGGUUUUUUGGUUGGUUGUUUUUUUUUUUUGUUUGAUUGGUUUUUUUUUUUUUUUUUUUACUUUCGAUACAAAACAUUCCUUUUUUUUAUUAGUCACGGUCAUGUACUCAUUCCAUUCUUCCUUUUGUAAACUUUUUUGGGCCCAUGUUCUUUUACGGGCAUUGAUAUAUAUAAAUAUAUAUAUAAAUAUAUAUGAAUAUAUUUUUUUAAGUUUCCUACACCUUGAGGUUGCAUGGUCUGUAAGGUUGGCAUGUCUUUAUAUUGUAUACAGAUUUUGCACGCCAAACUUGGCAGCUUUGAAAACGAUAACGAGAAAAAGAAAACAAAAACAACAAAAAAAAAAAGAGGUGGUUUGGGGUUUCUUUGGGUUGGUUUUUGUUUUGUUUUGGUUUUAUAUUGGUUUUGUUUUGGUUUUUUUUUUGGCUCUCGUGGCAUUUGUGGAGACUAAAGGUUGGGAUGUUGUUGUCACACACUCACUCACUCACCCACACAGCUACACACCAAGGAAGGAGAGUGGGAAUUCUUUUUUUUUUUUCUUUUGGAGUCUUACUGAACUUAAUAAGAAGAAAUUGUGCUUUUUAUUGUUAAAAAGAGUAAAUAAAUAAAAAAAACAAAAAGGACUACUUAAACAUUUCUCAUUUUAAGAAGAAAAGAAAAAAAACUAAGACGUUUAUCUAGCACUUGUGACUUACCAAUAAUAGAGUUUAUUGUAUUUAUGUGGAAACAGUGUUUUUAGGGAAACUACGCCGAACACACCAAGUAAACUGCCUGUGUCAUUAUUAUUAUUAUUGUUAUUGUUAUUGUUAUUUUCCUUUGGGUUGGUGUUUUUGCUUUGAUUUCUCGGCUGGGUGGGGAGGUUGGAUGCAACCCUUGUGUCAACACACACAGAGUCGUUCAUUCCGAGGAGCCGGACGGACGGACGGACGGACGGAUGGAUGAGGAGGACUUUAAAGAGUUAACUCUUCAGCACAGCUGCGUUAACUUUUUUAAGAAAUUACUUUUACAUGAUGUAUUUUUUGCUCGGUUUCACUUUAAGCAGUCGUGUACUGUGCAACACUGUGGUUUAAAAACAAGACUUUACAGCAAAAGGCAAAACGUGUUUCUUCAUUGUCAUGAAGUUGGGCUCGUUCUCAGCUCAUCUUCGCUUUGUCUUUGAUAUUGAUGAUGAAAAGAAAAAAAAAGUAUCCUAUUGAAAGAAAAUAAAUUAACACUUUUUCUGUGCUCCAUAGUGGAGGCGCUAUUUUCCAAUUUAUGAGGAUGACAAACUUAUAUAUAUAAUAUAUAUAUAAAAGUGGGGGUGGGGAGGGGGGGAAGGGGUUGAAACAUUAUUCACCCGAGAGCUUAUUUACAGAUAUGUAGUAUCAAAAAGUUGUAACUAUAUUAUAUUCUACUUUAUACCUAUACAUGCUCAGUAUGACGUCACCAUUGGUAGCAGCUACCGGUUUACGCUGGAAUUUAGACACAAUUUCACUCUCCCUGUACGGACCCUCCUUUCAGUGAUGGUAGCAUUCUUUGUGCUCGACUUUCCGACGGUCCUUUCUUUUAAAUUGGUGGAGUUGGAGUAUUUUUCUCAUUCUCGUUUUCUUCUUCCUUUGUUUUUACUUUAUUUUUAUUUUAUUUUUCUCUUUUCUCUUUAUUUUGUUUGGGGUUUUUUUGUUUGGUUUUUUUUUUUUUCUUUUUUUUUUUUUUUUUACUGGCCAAUGGUGUCUUUCUCUGACAGUACCAACUUCAAUUUCAACUUUAUUAGGAGUCCAGUAUUUUGUACCACAUUAUGACAACUUGUUAUUCUUGUGGUGUAAAUAAAAGAAAAAAGUUAAUUAUAGUACCA